AUGUAUUUAUAUUCAUUAAUGAUUCUUUCUAAUAAAUGAUAACUUUUGGGAAUCUUUUCCCUUUUUCUCUCCUAAAUUCUUUGCUUUCUCAUUUUGAAGCCUACUAGAAGUAUGAGGGUGUUGUGUCAGGAGACUUAUAUUGAAAUCCAGACAGAACACUUGCCCCAGUUGCUGCUCAGGAUGGUUUCUGCCCUGACAAGCCAUCUCCAGACAUUGCACUUGUCUGAACUCACAGAUUCACUCAGGCUCUGCUCAAAGAUCCUUAGCAAAGUUCAGCCUCCACUGUUAGCUGCCAGUACUGGAGGUGUUUUGCAGUUUCCAAGUGGGCAGAACAACUCAGUGAAAGAAUGGGAAGACAAAAAGGUAUCAUCAGUUACUCUUGAAAAUCCUACUGAAGUGUUUGAAGAUGGAGAAAAUCCACCAAGUAGUCAGUCAUCAGAGAGUGGAUUCACUGAGUUUAUACAGUAUCAAGCAGAUCGAACUGACGACAUUGACAGAGAACUGAGUGAGGGGCAGGGAGCAGCUGCCAUCCCAAUUGGUAGCACAUCCUCUGAGACAGAAACGGCUUCCACUGUGGGAUCUGAAGAAACCAUCAUCCAGCCUGCCUCCCUAGUCACUCAGGGGACAGCAACCCGAGGUGGGAAGACAGUCCAAAAGACUGCAAUGCAGUGCUGCUUGGAGUAUGUCCAGCAGUUUCUCACCAGACUUAUCAACCUCUACAUUGUUCAGAGUAACUCUUUCUCACAAGCUUUGGCUACAGAGCAUCAUGGGGAUCUCAGCCGAGAGCAAGGAGACACUUCAAAAUGGGACAGGGAUUCACAUGGAGAUGUAAAAGACAGAAAUAUAAGUAAACAGAAAACUUCCAAAGAAUACCUUUCUGCCUUCCUUGCUGCCUGCCAGCUCUUCCUGGAGUGCUCAAGUUUUCCAGUUUACAUUGCAGACGGGAACCAUACCUCAGAGUUACAUUCUGAACAGUCAGAGACCGACUGUGAGCAUGUGCAGCCUCCACUGUGGCUCCAGACUCUAAUGAAUGCGUGCAACCAAGCAAGUGAUUUCAGUGUGCAGAGUGUCGCUAUCUCACUAGUCAUGGACCUGGUGGGAUUGACUCAGUCUGUGGUCAUGGUCACUGGGGAAAACAUCAACAGUGUGGAACCUGUGCAACCCUUAAGUCCAAACCAGGGAAGAGUAGCUGUGGUUAUUAGACCGCCCCUCACUCCGGGCAAUCUGAAGUACAUAGCUGAGAAGACUGAAUUUUUCAAGCACGUAGCUUUCACACUAUGGGACCAGCUGGGAGAUAGCACCCCUCAGCACCACCAAAAGAGUGUGGAGCUGUUCUACCAGUUACAUAACUUGGUUCCUUCUUCCAGCAUCUGUGAAGAUGUGAUAAGCCAGCAGUUAACUCAUAAAGACAAGAAAAUAAAGAUGGAGGCGCAUGCAAAGUUUGCAGUUCUUUGGCAUCUAACAAGGGACCUCCAUAUAAAUAAGUCUUCAUCUUUUGCACGUUCUUUUGACAGGUCACUGUUCAUCAUGUUAGAUAGCCUUAACAGUAUCGAUGGUUCUACCAGCUCUGUGGGACAAGCCUGGCUGAACCAAGUUCUACAAAGACAUGAUAUUGCAAGAGUUUUGGAGCCAUUGCUAUUGCUCCUGCUUCAUCCCAAAACUCAGAGGGUUUCAGUGCAGCGUGUUCAAGCAGAACGUUAUUGGAAUAAGGCUUGUUAUCCUGGAGAAGAAAGUGACAAGCAUUUCAUGGAAAAUUUUGCAUGUAGCAAUGUAAGCCAAAUACAACUCAUUGCAUCUAAAGGAAAUGGUGAAAAGCCGCUUACCGUGGACGAAAUAGAGAACUUUAGUCUCACCGUCAAUCCAUUAAGUGACAGACUUUCCCUUCUAAGUACCAGCAGUGAGACAAUUCCAAUGGUUGUGUCUGAUUUUGAUCUUCCAGACCAACAGAUAGAAAUACUUCAGAGUUCUGACUCUGGAUGUUCACAGUCCUCUGCUGGGGACAACCUGAGUUACGAAGUUGAUCCUGAAAAUGUAAAUGCCCAAGAGGACUCUCAGAUGCUGAACGCAAGCUCCCCAGAUGAUGAUGUUCAGCAGGUAGUGUUUGACCUGAUAUGUAAAGUCGUAAGUGGCCUCGAAGCAGAAUCAGCAUCAACUACUUCUCAGUUAGAAAUUGAAGCUAUGCCCCCAAAGCACAGUGAUGUGGAUCCAGGCGAGGAGCCGAUUAAAAGUGAAGAUCAGUCCACUCAGCAGAGUCAGAGUACUUCGCUGAGUAAUGAAAGUUCUCAGUUUCUCUCCGUGUCUGCAGAAGAUGGCCGUGAGUGUAUGGCAACUGGAAUCUCCAGAAAUAGCUCCUCACCUUGUAUUUCCGAAACCACACAUACCCCCCAUGACUCUUCUGUUGGUUCCACAGAAACCAAAUCUAGACAGAGGAGUCACAGUAGUAUUCAGUUCAGCUUCAAAGAAAAAUUAUCAGAAAAAGUCUCAGAGAAAGAAACAAUCGUUAAGGAGUCAGGCAAACAGCCAGGAGCAAAACCUAAAGUAAAACUUGCCAAGAAAAAGGAUGACGACAAGAAAAAAACUUCAAAUGAAAAACUCAAACAAACUAAUGUGUUUUUUAGUGAUGGUCUGGAUUUAGAGAACUGGUAUAGCUGUGGAGAGGGAGACAUUUCUGAAAUCGAGAGUGACAUGGGUUCUCCAGGAUCACGGAAAUCUCCCAGUUUCAACAUCCAUCCUCUCUAUCAGCAUGUGCUCCUGUAUCUCCAGUUGUAUGACUCAUCCAGGACUCUUUAUGCUUUUUCUGCCAUCAAAGCCAUAUUGAAAACUAACCCUACUGCUUUUGUAAAUGCCAUUUCAACCACUAGUAUAAAUAAUGUGUAUACCCCUCAGUUAUCUCUGCUUCAGAAUCUAUUGGCCAGACACCGGAUUUCUGUUAUGGGCAAAGACUUUUAUAGUCACAUUCCAGUGGACUCAAAUCAUAACUUCAGGAGUUCUAUGUACAUAGAAAUUCUCAUUUCCCUCUGUUUAUAUUACAUGCGUAGCCAUUACCCAACUCAUGUCAAGGUCACUGCACAAGAUUUAAUAGGCAAUCGAAAUAUGCAGAUGAUGAGCAUAGAAAUUUUGACACUUCUCUUUACUGAGCUGGCAAAAGUAAUAGAAAACUCAGCAAAGGGUUUCCCUAGUUUUAUCUCUGAUAUGUUAUCUAAGUGCAAAGUUCAGAAAGUAAUUCUUCAUUGUUUGCUGUCAUCUAUCUUUAGUGCACAGAAAUGGCAUAGUGAAAAGAUGGCAGGUAAGAAUGUGAUUGCUGUGGAAGAAGGUUUCUCAGAGGACAGCCUUAUCAAUUUCUCAGAGGAUGAGUUUGACAAUGGUAGCACACUCCAGUCACAACUUCUUAAAGUUCUUCAGAGACUCAUUGUUCUAGAACACUGGGUAAUGACUGUCCCUGAAGAGAAUGAAACAGGUUUUGAUUUUGUUGUUUCUGAUCUGGAACACAUCAGUCCCCAUCAGCCCAUGACUUCUCUUCAGUAUUUGCACGCUCAGCCAAUCACAUGCCAAGGCAUGUUCCUCUGUGCAGUGAUACGGGCCUUACAUCAACACUGUGCUUGUAAGAUGCAUCCACAAUGGAUUGGUUUAAUCACAUCUACUCUGCCUUACAUGGGAAAAGUUCUACAGAGAGUGGUUGUUUCUGUGACACUACAGCUUUGCAGAAAUUUAGAUAAUCUAAUUCAGCAGUACAAAUAUGAAACAGGAUUAUCUGAUAGUAGGCCUCUGUGGAUGGCAUCAAUUAUUCCACCAGAUAUGAUUCUUAUUCUUUUAGAAGGGAUCACAGCCAUUAUCCAUUACUGUUUGUUGGAUCCUACUACACAAUAUCUCCAACUUUGGGUCAAUGUAGACCACAGACACUUGUAUGAAGCCCGCAAAGGAAUCCUCUCAAUCCUUCAUAUGAUCAUGUCCUCUGUGACAUUGCUUUGGAGCAUACUGCAUCAGGCUGAUUCUUCGGAAAAGAUGACUGUUGCUGCAUCUGCUUCUGUUACCACUAUUAAUCUUGGAGCCACAAAGAACUUGAGACAGCAAAUUCUUGAAUUAUUGGGCCCCAUUUCAAUGAAUCAUGGUGUUCACUUUAUGGCUGCCAUUGCAUUUGUAUGGAAUGAAAGAAGGCAGAAUAAAAAUAUCAACAGGACCAGGGUUAUUCCUGCAGCCAGUGAAGAACAGCUUUUACUGGUAGAACUGGUUCGCUCAAUCAGUGUCAUGAGAACAGAAACUGUUAUACAGACUGUGAAAGAAGUUUUAAAGCAGCCCCCAGCCAUAGCAAAAGACAAGAAACAUCUUUCUUUGGAAGUCUGCAUGCUUCAGUUUUUCUAUGCUUAUAUUCAAAGAAUUCCAGUGCCCAAUUUAGUGGAUAGCUGGGCAUCACUUUUGAUCCUACUGAAAGACUCUAUACAACUGAGUCUUCCAGCCCCAGGGCAGUUCCUUAUUCUUGGGGUUCUGAAUGAGUUUAUUAUGAAAAACCCUAGUUUGGAAAAUAAAAAAGACCAAAGAGACCUUCAGGAUGUGACUCAUAAAAUAGUGGAUGCAAUUGGGGCAAUUGCUGGUUCUUCUUUGGAACAGACAACAUGGCUACGCCGGAAUCUUGAAGUUAAGCCUUCUCCCAAAAUAACGGUGGACGGAACCACUCUGGAAUCUGAUGUUGAAGAUAUGUUAUCACCAGCACUGGAAACGUCAAACAUAGCUCCUUCUCUAUAUAGUGUCCACGCACUGACAUUACUUUCUGAGGUUUUGGCUCAUCUUUUGGAUAUGGUUUUUUAUAGUGAUGAAAAAGAACGAGUUAUUCCUUUACUUGUAAAUAUUAUGCAUUAUGUUGUGCCCUACCUCCGAAAUCACAGUGCACAUAAUGCCCCUAGUUACCGAGCCUGUGUCCAGCUGCUCAGCAGUCUUAGUGGGUAUCAGUACACCCGGAGAGCCUGGAAAAAAGAAGCCUUUGACCUCUUUAUGGAUCCCAGUUUCUUUCAGAUGGAUGCCUCUUGUGUUAAUCAUUGGAGAGCAAUUCUGGACAAUCUGAUGACACAUGAUAAGACAACAUUUAGAGAUUUGAUGACUCGUGUGGCUGUGGCUCAAAGUAGUUCACUUAAUCUCUUUGCAAACCGGGAUGUGGAGCUUGAGCAGAGAGCUAUGCUUCUCAAAAGAUUAGCAUUUGCUAUUUUUAGCAGUGAAAUUGACCAGUACCAGAAAUAUCUUCCAGAUAUACAAGAGAGAUUAGUGGAGAGUCUCCGUUUGCCCCAAGUGCCAACUCUUCACUCUCAAGUGUUCCUCUUCUUCAGAGUGUUGCUUUUAAGAAUGUCUCCACAACAUCUUACCUCACUCUGGCCUACCAUGAUUACAGAACUUGUACAGGUAUUUUUACUGAUGGAGCAGGAACUCACUGCUGAUGAAGAUAUUUCACGGACCUCAGGUCCCUCUGUGGCUGGUCUGGAGACAACCUACACAGGCGGCAAUGGGUUUUCUACGUCGUAUAACAGCCAGCGGUGGUUAAACCUCUAUCUCUCUGCUUGCAAAUUUUUGGAUUUGGCCCUGGCAUUGCCCUCUGAAAAUCUUCCUCAGUUUCAGAUGUACCGAUGGGCCUUUAUUCCAGAAGCCUCAGAUGAUUCUGGUUUGGAAGUCAGAAGACAAGGCAUACAUCAACGAGAGUUUAAACCUUAUGUAGUACGACUGGCAAAACUUCUUCGAAAAAGGGCAAAGAAAAAUCCAGAGGAAGACAACUCAGGGAGAACAUUAGGUUGGGAGCCGGGGCACUUGCUGCUCACCAUCUGUACCGUGCGCAGUAUUGAGCAGCUCCUGCCAUUCUUCAAUGUGCUCAGUCAAGUCUUCAACAGCAAAGUCACUAGCCGAUGUGUGGGACACUCAGGGAGCCCUGUCCUCUACUCAAACACUUUCCCUAAUACGGACAUGAAACUGGAAAACCACAAACCAUUUUCCAGCAAAGCCAGGCAAAAAAUAGAAGAGAUGGUAGAAAAAGAUUUUCUGGAAGGAGUGAUAAAAACUUGAGCACCACAAGUGGUUCCAUUUAGUUUAAAUGUAAAUGUUAUCAUUUAAAACAAACAUUACUCUGAGUUCUAUAGUUUUUUUUUUUUUUUGUAUGUAACAAAACACAUUUCAGGUUGUAUUUAAUUUAAGUAUUUGUAAAUAAGAGCAAACGUCUGAAUGUGGCCUGGAUCACGUAUAAAUAUUGUUGGCUCAUAUUGAUUAUGGUGCCUAAGAGAGAUCUAUAUAUGCAUAUAUAGUUCAUUGUUUUACUGUCCUGAGUUCUCUUAAACCUGCAAAAUACACACUGCACAUUUUUUU